UUUUUAGAAUAAAGUGAAUCAACCUGAAAAUACAAUUAUACUACUGGAUAUCAGGCUUUAAGGAUUCUUCAGCAGUAACUGGCACAAGGUCAUCACAGCUCAAAUUUUGAAUCAUCCCUACUGGAAGGCUUUCAAAACACUUUAGUCAGCAAUAUGGGUUUCCUGGCCGGAAUUUUUAGAAACUAUGGCUUAUUUUGUGCUCAACACCCAUGGCAAGUGAUCUUCUUGGUCUUAACAUCCACAGUAGCCAUCAUCAGUAGCCAAGGAAUGCACACACUCAAUCGCGCGCGUGACUCGCUGGGUUCGCCACAGCCCCUGGAUAUAGUGCUAAUGACGACAGUGCGAGCUGUGGCUGUUUUAUACAGCUAUCACAGAUUACGUUCCUUACACCGAUCCCAUUCCAGAUUUGUUUUGAGUUUGGCCGGACUUUUUACUGUCUUCUCCAGUUUUGUUUUCACUUGCAGCGUCGUCAACGUCAUGCAAAGUGAUCUUUCUGAUCUGAAGGAUGCGCUUUUCUUCUUCCUUCUACUGAUCGAUGUGGUCAAGGCUUGUACUCUAGCUCACUGGUCAUUAAGCUGUUCGGUUAGAAAUGCGGCCGAAGUCGCGUCAUGCAUCUCCCAAGGCAUGGCUGUCCUCGGACCAGCCAUUACGCUCGACACCUUGGUCGAGACUCUUGUCAUAGGCGUUGGAACCUUGUCAGGAGUUCGAAGGUUAGAAGUCUUAUGCGGCUAUGGAUGUAUGUCAGCCGUCGUCAACUAUGUAGUCUUCAUGACAUUUUAUCCAGCCUGUCUGGCCCUCGUGUUAGAGCUCUCAAACAAACCAGAAGUGAUGGACAGCGACGCUACUUUGGAUUCCAGCAAGGUCGACCAGUCAGCCCCUUUCCAAUGGCAACACCGUGUCAAACUUCUUAAACAAAUGAUGGCAAUGGAGCAACCCAAUCCCUUAGUUCAACGUGUAAAGCUUAUCAUGGCAGCAGGGUUGAUGGUCGUUCACGCUCACAGUCAGUGGGUAUUUUUACAAGAUGGAAAGAUUUUAAGCCCUGAAAAGCCAGGGGCUACCCUCAGCCCGGCCUCUAUUGUAGACGUGGCGGCGGAAGACUCGGUGCUUCGGUGGCUUUCCGACCAAAGGGCUGAUCAGCUGGUACUAUUGAUUCUUAUUGCAGCAUUAACUAUCAAGUUUACGUUUUUCGACGAUCGGACUCAUCAGACUCCCCAACCUUUGGAAAAGUUAUCUCCAACGUAUAAUUCUCUGUCAGCUGAAAAAUCUCAAGAUUCAAAUAUGGAAAAGGAUACUUUCCGAAAUCGCUGCGUAUCAUUCGUUUUGUCUGAUAACUCAGAACAGUUGCCGUGUGAUGUCGAAGACAAAGAAGUCCAAACUGACCAGUGCGAUGAAGUGGAUCAAGAAGAAGAGGAACUUUCUUCUGCAAAAGCCAUCAAUCGUACUCUGGAUGAGAGCCUAACAGUUUUGAAGCUUGCUGCUAACCAAGUGACGGACCAGGAAGUACUGAAGCUUAUAGAAGCGCGAAAGAUCGAACUACGGCAGCUGGAAAAGGUGUUGGGAGACGCAGAACGUGGCGUUCGCAUUCGAAGACGUGUUCUUUCACAGAUGGGUGGGCCCCAUCUGGAAGAUGCUGUGGUACGGGUGCCCUAUAAGGCAUACGAUUACUCCAAAGUCGUAGGCGUGUGCUGCGAAAACGUCAUCGGGUAUGUACCGCUACCCAUCGGUUAUGCUGGCCCGUUAAUGGUGGAUGGAGAACCUUACUUUAUUCCAAUGGCGACCACUGAAGGAUGUUUGGUUGCCUCGACAAACCGUGGAAGCAGUGCCCUGUCAUAUAACGGUGGCGUCAGAACUCAACUAAUCGCAGACGGUAUGAGCCGUGGACCAGUAUUCCGGCUGCCGGAUAUACGUAGAGCAGCGGCUGUGAUGCGCUGGCUCGAAGAACCGGCUAAUAUAGAUCUAUUGAAAAAGAGUUUCAAUGCAACUAGUCGAUUUGCCCGGUUACAGAAAAUUCGAUGCCAAAUUGCCGGCCGCCAUUUAUUCAUCCGCUUUGUAGCCAAAACGGGCGACGCCAUGGGCAUGAACAUGGUAUCAAAGGGAACAGAAGCAGCCAUGAAAGUGAUACAAAGCCAUUUUACUGACUUGACAGUGGUGAGCCUAAGCGGGAACUUUUGCACGGACAAAAAGCCCGCCGCGGUUAAUUGGCUUGACGGCCGUGGUAAAUCUGUAGUCAGUGAGGCCGUCAUUCCUGCGGCUGUCGUGCGCGAUAAGCUAAAGACCAAUGUAGCAGCAUUAGUCGACCUAAAUAUCACCAAGAAUUUAAUUGGGUCUUCCAUCGCCGGGUCCAUCGGUGGGUUUAACGCUCACGCAGCAAAUAUCGUAUCUGCCAUUUUCAUUGCCACGGGACAGGAUCCUGCCCAAGUGGUCACCAGUAGCAAUUGCAUGACAUUAAUGGAGCCAUGGGGGCCAGACUUGCAGGAUUUGUACAUCUCUUGUACCAUGCCGUCGCUGGAAGUCGGAACCAUCGGAGGCGGAACCUGGCUGCCUGCUCAGGGCGCUUGCCUUGAUAUGCUGGGCUUGCGAGGGUCAAACGUUGAAGAACCUGGAGCCAACGCAAGUCGAUUAGCACGUAUCAUCUGUGCGGCCGUUUUGGCAGGCGAGCUCUCACUUAUGUCUUCGCUCGCGGCAGGCACUCUUGUGCAGUCUCACAUGACGCAUAAUCGAUCGUAUGCCAACCUAACGCCAUGUUUUUCAUCGUAGUUAUUCUCUGUUGCCAUUACUUUAGCAUGCGGUGUUUCGUGGAUUAAAAAUUAUCUUUCGAAUGAAAUUGAUCAAUUGACGUGCUCUUUGUAAACAUUUGAAAAGAACAGGAAUGGAAUUUUUAUUGUAUUCGCCGCUCGUUGACACCGUUGUAGAAUUUGACAAGCUGUGCAGUAUUGUAUGUAAAUGGGAUGAUAUAUAUUAUUGAGUGGUUAGAGGUUAUAUAUAUAAUAUAGUGUUGCGAUCACGUCA